CGCGAGUCCGUCCGCGGAGCGCUUGUGUGAUCGCGUCAUUAAUCUGAUUGUUGAACUAAGUGAAACCUAAUGUGAUGAAAUCAGCUCGACGGCGUUCAGUCCGCCUCGUGGUGGGUUCAAGUGUCAGAGUGACUCCCGGUGCUCUUCACUCCGGCUGCUGUGAGACGUUCACAGACACUCGCAUGGAAUGAGACAACAGCCCUGCCGCUGCUCACUUCCUGAAUCCACAACAACAGACGGAGCGCUGCUUGUGUGUCAGGAGCAGCAGACACACGCCGAGUUUGUUCUCGACAACAGCAACUUUGAGGCGGUUUGAAAUCCCGCAUCGUCGGUUUGCGUUGACGAGUGUGGCCGCUGCUGUGCGAUGGUGGAGGCUCCAGCUGUCUGUCUGUUCGAGGACAUCCAGUAUGAAGACAUUCAAGUGGAAGCGGCUGUUGGCAGAGGGACGUUUGGAGUCGUCUUCAAGGCCGUGUGGAAAGGAAAGGAUGUGGCCAUCAAGACCAUCGAGAGUGACAAUGAAAGGAACGCUUUCCUGGUCGAGCUCCGCCAGCUCUCCCGGGUGAAUCACCCCAACAUAGUUAAGCUGUAUGGCUCCUGUCACAAUCCGGUCUGUUUGGUCAUGGAGUAUGCAGAAUGUGGCUCUUUAUAUAACGUCCUUCACAGUGCGGACCCUCAGGCCCAAUACACAUCGUCUCAUGCCAUGAGCUGGUGUCUGCAGUGCGCCAAGGGAGUCGCCUACCUGCACGCUAUGAAGCCAAAGGCCUUAAUUCACCGGGACCUCAAACCACCAAAUCUGCUCCUUGUGGCUCGGGGUACAGUGCUGAAGAUAUGUGACUUUGGCACCGCUUGUGAUAUUCAAACGUACAUGACCAACAAUAAAGGCAGUGCAGCGUGGAUGGCACCGGAGGUCUUUGAAGGCAGUAACUACAGUGAAAAGUGUGAUGUGUUCAGUUGGGGUAUUAUCCUGUGGGAGGUCAUCACACGCAAGAAGCCCUUUGAUGAGAUUGGUGGCUCGGCAUUUUGUAUCAUGUGGGCUGUCCACAGAGGUACACGGCCUCCUCUCAUAAAAUACAUCCCUGAACCCAUCGAGACGCUGAUGACCCGCUGCUGGGACAAAGAGCCCAGCCAGAGACCGUCUAUGGAGGAGGUGGAGAACACCAUGAGCCAUCUCAUGAAGUAUUUCCCAGGUUCUGAAGAACCACUGCAGCUGCCUCACCAGUCUUCAGCCAACAGGAGUUCAUCAGCCUCAAGUUCAGCAGGUUCGUACGCCGACUACACCAACAGUAACAGAAGUGACGACAACGCGGAUUACAGAAACUCAGAGGGCAGAGAGGAAACCCUGAAAAGCUCUGAGGCCAAAUUUCCACUUCAGUUCAAACCUUUAAAGACAGCCACAUUGCGCACUGGUCUGUCCAAGGUGUCCAGUGUGGACAGUCAACCAGGACGCUCCCAAAGCCCCACCUACUGCAGCAGCCCUGUAACCACCACUAACCAAUCAGAGCUGAGGAUGACAUUUAGUCCAACAGCUACCAAUGGUGUCGACAGCUCCAUUCCCAUCGCCUACCUGAAGCUGGACCACCAGUUACAGCCUCUAGCUCCCUGUCCCAACUCCAAAGAGUCCAUGGCUGUGUUUGAGCAGCACAUCAGGAUGGCUCAGGAGUUCCUCAAGGUCCAGUCAGAGAUCGCUCACCUUGUCCAGAGGAAACAGGAGCUGAUGUCGGAGCUGGAGCUGGACCAGGGGGAGCAGCACACUUCAUCUCGACUCAUCCAGGAGCACAGGAAGCUGCUGGAGGACAACAGCCACCUGUCGGCCCGCCACCAGGGCCUGAAGAGCAAACUGAGCCUGAUCAAGAGUCAGAACCAGCAGCACAGCUAGAACAGGAGGCUGGGCCACAGCGACUCAUCUACACACUCUCUGUUGUUUUUACUCUGCUCUCUUCUGGACUCCCUCUUCUCCUCAUGGAGGAAAUGACACACUUCCACAGAAAGAAAAAUGUAGGGAAGCCCAUCAUCCUGAGAAAAUUAGACCUUUACCACCUCAAAGCAAUGUAUCCAGAUAACAUGAUAAUUGAAUCCAAAGCUUUAAAGUGCGCCUGAAAUGUAAGUUAGUUUUGUAAUGAAAGAGAAAUGAUGACAAGUCAGCUGUCACAGAUGUUUUGUGUGGUUGAAACCUCCGAGUGGGUUUUUCCAUGAUAUCUGAGUGACAGCUGAGAGCUGGUAUUGGACAGACCUGCCACCAUGUUAAAGUAAAUGUCUGGUGUUUUGAACCUGGGGCUUACUCUCAUUAAUUUAGUUGAUUCUGACAACUUGUCAACUUCACACUUACCUCCACUGUAAAGAUUUGUAAAAACCCAACACGUGGACCGAACAAAAUUCAUUUCAGACAUUUAUGUCCAGAGUUUGAGCCCCCAGAAAACCACAAAGUAUUUCCAUUCACACAAUUAAACCCCAACUGUUUAUGAAAAUGUUAUAAAUAUAAUUAACCACCUUUUGAGGUCAUGAGAUAAAUCAGUUUUUAGAGAUAAUGGCAGUAGUUACCAUGUCCCUAUGGGUCCCUGUGUAUUUAUUGAUGGACUUUGCCAUAAUGUCCAAUUCAUUUCAGUCUUUACUGUUAGAAUGGACACAUUGGGAACAACGAAUCUCCACAUAGACUUUUAUUCUGACGGACUCUCAUCCAGGAAGAAACAGCUUUAGGUGUCAAUUCCUUGUGAGGUUAUAAGUGAACUUACCUUUUACCAAGUGAGUUGUAUUUUGUUGUAUUUUCUUUUUUUAAUUCUUGAAAACUGACUACAACUGAUAUUUGUAAAUCCUUCUUACUUUUAUAUAUUCUGGUUAUCACAGCAUUUGUAUUGUGUAUUAUGAAAAGAGGAAAGGCGGGGUGGGCUGAAUCAUGCUACUGUGAAUACAAGUGUUACCAAUGCAGUUCUGCUUCAGACACAUGCUGCCGGCGAGAAAAAGAACAGCUUUGUAGAAAGGUUGUUGUAAAUAACUGUAGAAUAAUGAACCUGACAGACUCUUAUCUGUUAACGUUCUGUUGUCUUUAGUUCCUUUUUACUUAUUUCACAGAAUUGAAUUAACAUUAUUCUACACUGCACUAUCUGGGUCAAAGAGAUCUACAGCAUGUGAUGUAGUCUCAGUUUAGUUUGGUGAUUUCUAUGACAGUGCGUUCCUCUGGCACUCUGAUUGUUGUUUAAAUGCAGUUGUUCAAACGUUGCCUUAGGGUUGUUCUUGUACAGUUUAUUUUCUCACAUCAAGUUAUUUCAUAAAAUAUGACACAUUUCUCCUGUGAUUUUAAAAUGUACAGACUGUACCUAUAUGCUUUUAUAAAGUAAAGAAAGUGUGAAGAA